GGUGCCGCUGAGCAGUCGCGUCCCGCGCGGCGCUCUUCCGAAGUGCGAAGCAUGCCACUCCGCAUGGAAAUACUUCCGCAGCAGCCGCUUUGCACCUGUGGCUAACGACUGCCUCAAAGGAUCAUGACGUCGACACCCGGAGCGUCCGUCCGUAGGACGGGGAGCAAUGCUCGCGCGCUUCUGCUUCUUGUUAUCUCAAUCACUUGCCCCAGUGCUUUGUGUCAGGUGCUUCAGCACAGCAAAAUUUCUUUGCCCGGAGCUGCGUUAGAAACGAGAGAGGAGGCACUCAAGCUGAAAGGGCCGCACCGUCCGCCCGAGAUCUUGGUGCUCGCGCCGGAUGACGACAUGUUUCCUUACUCGUUGCACAAGGUCGUUCCCGCGGUGAUGGUAGCCGUCGACUACCUACAGCACAGCAGAAACCUCACACUCGUGGUAAACUACAACAACACCAACUGUUCGUCAUCGCACGGGCCGCUGCUGGCGUUCGACCACUACAUCGCCGGUAAGGUGGACGUUUUCCUGGGGCCGACGUGCUCGUACGUGCUCGCGCCGGUGGCCCGCUACAGCGCCGAGUGGGACCUGCCCGUGCUCACGUCGUCCGGCCAGAACGACAACUUCGACAUGAAGCACCCGAACUACCGCCUGCUGACUCGCAUGAACGGCUCCUUCACCCAAGUGGGGCAGCUUUUCAUAGAGACGCUGCGCCGAUUCGGCUGGCAGGUGGUCGCGUUCCUCUUCCACGAGUUCCGUGAGCGCACGAAGGGCCACUCGGACUGCUUCUUCAACCUGGCUGCUGUUUUCAACGCUCUAGGAGGUGGGCACAUGUUUCAUCAGAAGUUUGACGAAGAAGAUCCGAGCCUGGAUCUCGAAACGCUGAUGCAACAGGUGGCACGUAACGCGAGAAUCGUCGUCAUAUGCGCUUCGCCCGACACGGUGCGGGAGAUUAUGCUCACAGCAGACGACCUUGGCAUGGACAACGGUGACUUCGUCUUUUUCUCCGUGGAAUUAUUCACCACGCGCAACACGAGUAACACGCGGCCAUGGUACCGGGAGAGCGACACAGCAGAGCGCAACCACCGCGCUCGGAAAGCCUACGAGGCGCUGCUCGUGGUGCAGACGCGAAUCCCCGAGACGUCCGAGUUCUCGCACUUCAAGCAGGCGCUGCAGGAGACAGCUCGCAAGGAGUUCGAGUUCGACUACAACACGGACGAGGUGAACCCUUUUGUCUCCGCGUUCUAUGAAGCUGUAAUUCUGUACGCCCUGGCCAUCAACGAAACCAUAAUCGACGGCAUGCCCAUCACGAAUGGAAGUUACAUUACGCAGAAAAUGUGGAACAGGACAUUUGAAGGAAUCACGGGCGCAGUGAGAGUGAACGAGAAGGGAGACCGAGACUUGGACUACUCUAUCCUGGACAUGAACCCAGAGACAGGCCAAUAUCAGGUGGUCGCCAACUACUUGGGAAUGCGGCACGAGUUCGUGGACGUGCCCAAUCGCACCAUUCAUUGGGCCGGCGGGCGCACCUCGCCUCCUCCCGACGUGCCACGCUGUGGAUUCGAUGGAUCGCAGUGCGCCGACGAAAGCCAAGGCAAAUACAUGAUCAUCACCUCAGUUCUUGGAACCUUGAUGAUCAUAGUCUGCCUCGCCUCCUUCUUCGUUUAUAGGCAUUUUAAAUUAGAAGCGGAGCUUGCAUCCAUGACAUGGAAAAUUCGGUGGGAGGACAUCAAUCAAACACUCUCCAACAAGCACGGUGCCUUCGGAUCAAGAAUCAGCUUCGGAAAAGCGGGUAGCAGCACGUCGUCAGAAACGCUGGCACUGCGAAAUGACAGACAGAUGUUCAUCCGAACUGCCUACUACAAGGAUACCCUCGUGGCAAUUAAGCCAUUGAACAAGGCAAGGAUAGACAUCACCAGAUCCCUUCUCCUGGAGCUGAAAUACAUGAAAGACCUCCAGCACGACCACAUCGUUCGGUUCAUUGGAGCUUGCAUUGAUCCACCGCACUGUUGUCUUGUCAAGGAGUACUGCCCGAAAGGAAGCCUGCAGGACAUCCUGGAAAACGAGGAGAUUAAGCUGGACUGGAUGUUUCGCUUCUCUCUCAUGCACGAUCUGGUCAAAGGGAUGGCGUACCUGCACAACAGCGAGAUACACAGCCACGGAAACCUGAAGUCAUCGAAUUGCGUGGUAGACAGCCGUUUCGUGCUCAAGAUCACAGACUUUGGGCUGCACAACUUGCGUGCCUACGAUGAGAACGAAAACGAAGAUACCUACGCUUACUGGAGGAGGAAGUUAUGGACAGCACCAGAGCUUCUGCGAUCCCCGGAAGCCCCCGUUAACGGGACGCAGAAAGGGGACAUUUACUCAUUUGCAAUCAUUUCGCAUGAGAUCGCCGUUCGCCAGGGAGUUUUCUACUUGGGAAAUAUCGACAUGAGCCCGAAAGAGAUCGUGGAACAAGUUAUAUCUGAAUCGAAGCCACUUUUCCGACCUGUGUUCGACGAAGUCGAUUGCCCAGACGAAGUUCGACAACUUAUCACAAAGUGCUGGGCUGGAGACCCAAAUGAGAGACCCGACUUUCAGGCUUUGAAACCGCUUAUUAGAAAGCUGAACAAAGAAUCCGAGAGCGGGAACAUCCUGGACAACCUCUUGUCACGGAUGGAACAGUACGCCAACAACUUGGAGUCUCUCGUGGAAGAAAGAACGGCAGACUACCUCGAAGAAAAACGAAAAGCCGAAGAUCUGCUUUACCAACUCUUGCCAAAAUCAGUAGCAAGCCAGCUCAUUAAGGGUCAGUCAGUCCGUGCUGAAUCAUACGACAUCGUCACUAUUUACUUUAGCGACAUCGUUGGAUUUACAUCGCUAUCUGCCCAAAGCACUCCUAUGCAGGUGGUGGAUUUGCUCAACGACCUUUACACCUGCUUUGAUUCUGUGAUUGAAAGCUUCGACGUCUACAAGGUAGAAACAAUAGGUGACGCAUACAUGGUUGUCUCUGGCUUGCCGGUCAGGAAUGGCAUCAUGAAUGCGCGUGAAAUUGCCCGGAUGUCACUUGCGCUCCUCAAGCAAGUGCUCUCAUUCAAGAUUCGGCAUCGGCCAGGAGAGCAGCUGAACUUACGCAUUGGCAUUCACACUGGAGCAUGUGCAGCGGGUGUCGUUGGAUUGAAAAUGCCACGGUACUGCCUUUUUGGGGACACAGUGAACACGGCUUCAAGAAUGGAAUCGAAUGGACUGCCACUUAGGAUACAUGUCAGUUCAUCGACAAAAGAAGUUUUAGAUACAUUCAAAACUUUUCAGCUGGAGCUACGCGGCGAAGUCGAGAUGAAGGGCAAGGGCAAGAUGACGACCUACUGGCUGCUUGGUGAACAAGAUAGGGACAACAGCUCCACCGGUCCCCUCACACCUACGGCUCCAUCGACAGAAGUGCGCAAGGAGACCAAGAUAUGACCCCCGAACUGCGUAAAGUUUGAUGCGCCAGCGCCACCCGCCGCUCAAUCCUGACAGUCACGCGCUGAGCAGUGCACCCACCAUCGUGUUCUCUGCGCCGGUACUAGUUUCUAGCUUGACAUGGACGCCACUGAGACAGCGGCUUCGGUGAUGUUGUGUUGUGCUCACGCAGUUGAAACAGUGAGAAACUCCGUCUCUUUUUCCAAACAGAGUACCGACUUGGGAUCUAUGACGCUCUCCUCUUGCGGCGCCAAGGACACUGACGUCCCGCGGACGUUGUGUACAUUAGUUCCGAUGGCCGGCGUGGUUUCCCAGAAACAAAGCAGACCGCCUGUCACCAAUCAGAAGUUGUUUGGUAACCGCCAUUGGGGUAAGCUGUUUUGCGUAGGCAGCAAAUUUGGACUCGUAUACCCCCGAGAACACGAGCGACUGAAUUAUCAUGCAAACAGGUGGUACUUGAAGGGUUUCGAGGUAACAACAUUUAGCAAGGAUGCAGACUGCUGCUAUCACAGCCACAUUAGUUGCGCAAUGGUGACACCUUCGCGAUACCCUCGAAGACCGAUUGAGAAUUGUGCACACACUUCUAGCUGUCUGUUCCAUUUGUAGAAAAUAUCAAACUGUCGUAUUGCUACAUUUCUAGAAAAAAAAAAAGUGUUGCUUCGAGCUGCGAGCUUAGCGCGCACGUUAGCUUCUCCUUCUGUACGCAACCCGUCCGUCACUAAUUAUGGAACCUGUAGAUGUCAUUUUACUCCUGAAAAGCGCAAGCCAACAAAUUCUCAUUAUUCUCUCCGCUGAGUCUAGCGGAGAGAAUCAUGGCAGACACCAUUUAUUCCAACCAUUCUAAUCCCUGAUCCCUUUGAAUAGUUCAAUGACCCCCAAAAAAAGAGUAUCGUUCACCACCAUCAGUUGGGUACAGUUGGCGUCUUGCGUCUCGUUUACUGGAGCCAGGAUAUGAAAGAGGGUUACUAGAAACUUUCAUGACUGUGCUUUAAUAGCAUAACAUGAAGAUUAUGAAGCCGAACUUUUGCCUGCAAAAAGAACAUUUUAUUAAUAUAAAAAAAGCUUUCAGGUAUACAUCAAGCAAGCCCUUUUACGUUGAGCACAAACUUGUGUUUGCAAAAUUGCAUAGCGAAGAUAAGCAACUCCACUUUAUUGUUCUGUUUAAACAGUAUUUAUUAUUUACUGCUAAAAGAGUUUCUUACAAUGCCCUACUACCUGCUGUAGGCGUCGAGAGUUAAUUUGAAGUGUAGGAAAAAUCCGCCGCGGAAAACGGAGGCGCAACCUAGCUAUAUGGUGGAGCGCAUCGUCAGAUCUGUGGCUCCACCUACAUUUAGCGCAGAAAAAUGCUUGGGAGGAAAGGUGAAGCAUGUGUCUAGCGGCAAGCUCAAUAAGUCAGAUAACUAGUUAUCGCUGUGUUGUUUGGGUGUUAUGCUAUGAAACUGUGUUAUACGUCCUUGGGAUGGUUACAUGAAAGAGGAAACUACUUAGCCCUUCAAACAUUGUCAUAUAGACAUGAAUGCAGGUGGCCCAGUAAAUUUAAUGGCCCCGAUUUAUGAUGGCCCUCUUUACCCAUACUCAUUUUAUUAGGUUGAGUUUAAUAUAUUUAUAUUUGUUUACUCAGCGAUAAAUAGCAUUCGUUCAUUUUUUUUUGCCUGUGUGUUUGUUUCAAGAACAUCGGCAGUUGCUUGAUAACAAAUUUGCGUAAAAAAGUGUUUUACUGAUCCUUGGUGUCAAGUUCGGAGGUUUUAAACAUUUUUAAGUAAACCGGACAGCUUUCGUUUUCUUUAUGAACGACGGUUUCAUGAGGAUAGAUGUAUUACUGGGAUGGAUUAGACUGAUAGAGAACGAGGCAAGAUGCGGUGAACUGCUACUUUUUUUGAAAGCAGCCAAAAGUGGGUCCAAACCCUCGGCUCCAUGUCUUCGUCAGUCGCUUUCCCACUCAAGCGUUGAAUGCACGGCUGUAUCAUGUUGCCCAUCUGACGUAUUAGUUCAGCGGAAACCUGCUGGGCGGAGAGAAGUAAUUAAAAUCGAAAUUGAGUCAUCCACCCAAUCGUAGCAAUUGCUACAAACAAUUGCUUUUCUUUCGAGGAACCCGCAUGGGUUUCCUUUGUAGCAAAUGCUACGAUUGGGUGGAUGUCGCAUUUUCCAUUUUAAUGUUGUCUACCUGCACCACAGGUCUUGAGGCGGAGUUCCAGAGUUGUGUUUCUGAACAGGCCUGGGUGCCUGGUGGGGCAGCCAGGAUAUCACAUUUCGGUGUAGAGCUCGCAACCAGACGUGACCAUUUCAACAAUUUACAAUUAUACGAAGCUUAAAUGAUUGCAGGUAUUCAAUGAACCUUUUAUACAUUAUACUACAACGCUGAAACUGUUUGAGUUCAUUUAGAAAGGUGCAGAAAGAAAGAUAGGAAAUGUCAAAAUAAAAAGAAAAGAUUGAGAGCUCACGCCUGUAUGUUGCAGAUAUUAACUCUUGGUGAUAUGGGGGUCUCGGAUAUCAGCAUAGAUGCUGUUUUGGGGAUUUGCUAAAGGGUGGACAUGUCAUUACUCAUAGCUUGUUAAUAUAUAAUCAUUGUUGAGCCCUGUCGGGUACAAACUGGGCGGAAACAAAGCUGCUGUAGCUGCCGGCACCUAACAUGAUAAUCUUUUUUAAGAAUUAUGUGACGCAUAGUUGUUCUGUAAAUUUGUAUGUAAAUGAAUAGAUGAUGUGCCGUGAAGUUCUUUUUUUAAUUUAAAUGAUGAGUCUUCAGGUCCCGAAUAUCUGUGUGAUGCUUUCGGAAAUAAAAAAAUAUUUGUACUGAAAGAUGCCCCAAAACACGUAAAUGUAGUUUUAAUACCUUAAAAAAAUAAACCUCUGCUAAAUUAUUAAAAACUUGACUGGUCAUUAUGCGGCUGCAUAAAUGAAGACGUUUAUGAAGAUUGUGAUCUUCAUAGCACUUAUCAAUUUUCACUACAGAUCCAAUCAAAAUACCGCCACCAGCCAAAGUGUCAUGCUGGACAAUGUCUCCAUCGACCACAAUGCAUCAAUGCGAACAAGUAUAACCGUUAGCGUAUAAGUCAAAGUUCUAAUUAUACACUAUCAGUAUAUUUCUCACCGUAGAUUACUUUUUACGUUAGUGUGCUGACCUUGAGCACUAUAAACUACGUUGUUUGGUACGCUGAGAUCCUAUACUAAUUGCACAUGCAACGCUACAUGUCUCAAGAAACGCGGUGAGUUAGCUGGUAAUGUGCAAUCGCCAACUGUAGACACGGGCAAAAACUUCAAGACCACUAAGAGUUUUCUCGUGAGUGCAUGCACACUCAAAGCCAUAAUAUGGUUUUACAGAUAUCCUGUGUUACGACGGCCACAAUACAGUUUAAGCACAAAAAUGGAAGUAUUAUGCCUUUCCAUUUUAUUACGUCUGCAUGAAUGUACCAUACCUGAACCACUCGUUCGAAUGCGUGUGAGCGCCAGUCAUGUCCUGUUUCUAACAUUAUUAGGUAGUUCACCGCCCUUUACAUGUGACAAUUGUCUCCACGGUCCUUUUACAGUGUUCAUGGGAAAGAGAAAUGCGCUGAAACAAUAAUUCGGGCUUACUUUAUUACAGCUGCCAUCAUUUUACGGAUAGCUUGAGAACCAGAACAACUUGUUAGUAAAAAAGCUUUAAGAAACUCUCAAAUAAAUAGGAAAUGUGCUCGCCAUAUUUUUUCCCGCUUUUUUUCAUGGGAAGCUACUGAGGCCGUAUUGGUGGUUUAUUUUUCUGACACGCUGCCACGUCAUCUUCGGCAGCUAAGUUGGUUAGCACUGUUCUUGUUAGUAAUUAAAUAUGUCCAAAUAUUAGGCUAAUUUAGUUUGUUGGGUUCCCCUUUUGUAAUUUUUGACGCUACGGUUUUUCCGGGGAAGGCAAGGUUUUCUCCGGUGUUGUCAAUACGUUGCAAUCGUACCACGCUUUAAUUUCUUUCAAUUUCAGUCAUUGAAUCUGCAAGAAGAGAAGGUUCAUUCUUCUCCACUCUAAUAUAACCAUCUUCUGUCUUUCAUUCAUAUUUACAAGCAUUGUGUAAUAAACGUUUGUUUCCA